AUGCUGGAGCAGAGGCUGACGGAGACAGGCAUACGAGCUGUCGGUGCUCACGGGGACACAGGUACUGCUGCUUGUGGUGUCAGAGACGGGGCUGGUGUACACAUUUACGACGCCAAAGCUGCAGCCGUUGGUCACAAAGGCCGAGGGAAAGAACCUCAUACAAGCGUGCCUGAAUGCACAGGACCCGGGGGGAGCGGGAGGACACGAGGAGCCAGAGGGGCCGGUGGUGAAUGGGCCGGGAGUAAUGGGAAACACGGGGUUGCCGCCGUAUGGGGCGCCGCCGGCGAUGCGGGCGCUGUACUUUAA